UUGAGUUUUCCCAAAUUCUCGACAUCGAUAGUGACUAUACAGAUUAUUUUUCUAUUUUGAUUAUUAAAAUGUGAUUGGACAAAGACCCGGUUUCUUCAGUUAAUCCAAGACAUUCUCUAUGACGCGGCCACGUCCGAAAAUGAUCCGCGCUGCAGGAGUCGUUGACGACCCAAGCCGAGUGACCCCACUGCCCUACCUUAACUUCCUCCGUUACCUUAAGCACAAAUUCUUUCAAAGAUCCAAUCUGUGUCGUUUACUCCAGGUGGGUCUUGUACAUUGGAACUCAUUGAGCGAUGCCAAGAAGAAGUUAUUUGAGCCAGAACGCAUCUUGGCCCGAGUGAUUCGAAGGCGACGUCGUCGAUUGUUACGCCGCAGUCAACAUGGGCAGAAAUGUCGUGCUACAGUGAGACGCCCAAUCUACGACAAACGCCCUCCGCCAAGACGCCCCAGACCGAAGUAGACAGUGAAGUUAGUGCCCUGUUCGAUCUGACAGCUUAGAAGUUGCUACGUUUGUUCCCCUGAAGCUCAACCAAGACACUCUUUCAAAAUCGAAGAGUUCCUAACAGCUUUUCAUUAUUUCCAGACUAUAAGCCCUCCUCUUCCGGUGGUUCGGUGACCUAGUAACACCGACAAGCUCUACAGGUCAUUAGCUGGCGCUGCCAACAUCGGUAUCGUGAAGAGUUCAACUACUUAGCAUUUGUCGGCCCUCGUCAACUAACUUGCUUUGACAUAUUGGCGCCCGCAAGUUAAUAUUGAGUUGCGUAAAUAAAUUUCUGUUGCGUGAAUUGAUGUUAAA